UCGACUCCCCUCUCCCGUCUCCGACUGCUACCAAAAACCUAUGACGAAAGCCAUUAAGAAGAAGUUAAAAUAUCUUUUUUGCUUAAGAACAAAAUCAUCUCCUCAUCUGCAAGCUGCGGAUCUCCCCCAACCAACCAAGAAACCCAAAAAAGAAUGAGAAGAGACGGUGCCCACCCCCUUCUUCCCCUCCUCCUCCUCCUGUUUCUCGCCCUAAUACUCCCGUCAUCUCACGCCCAAUCGGGAUCCUCCCGCCCGGGAACCGACAACUACAAUUGCGCAGCCGAGAAGUCCGUCUACCCAUGCCGCGGCUUCACCUGCAUAGCCAACCGGUCGGUGUAUCCGUGCCGCGCCUACGCCCUGUACCGCGCUAGCGGCGGGGACGACCUGGCCUCGGUCAGUGACCUCUUCGGCGUGAGCACCCUAUCGAUCGCCCGGGCCAGCAACAUCACCGACAACUCCACCGCCGUCCUCAGCUCCGGCCAGCCCCUUCUCGUCCCCCUCAUCUGCUCCUGCGUCGACAACCACUCAUACGCCCUCGUCGAUUACCAGAUCAAAGGCGGCGACACCUUCUACAUCCUCUCCACCACCAACUUCCAGAACCUCACAGGCUACCAGGCCGUCGAACUCGUCAACCCCACCCUCGUCCCCACCAACCUCUCCAUCGGCGUCAUCACCGUCUUCCCAAUCUUCUGCCAGUGCCCCAAUAACACCAAUACCCUCAUCAACGACAACAGCAGCACCACCGUCAGUAUCGUCAGCUACGUCUUCCAGCCCUCCGAUUCCUACUCCUCCAUCGCAUCAAAUUUCGGGACCACCGUCCAGUCUCUGAUCUCGCUCAACGGCGCGGAGACAGCCGUCGAGAAUUUCUCUGUGAUUCUAAUUCCCGUUUCCAAGUUCCCUCCCCCGCUGCUGCUAUCGAACUCGUCCUCCCCUUCGCCUUCGCCUUCGCCCCCGCCACCACCAUCCUCCACCGUCGUCGAGAAGAGGGAUAGGACGGGAGUCAUCGUGGGGUUAGCAGUCGGCAUGGGACUCUUCGCAAUCUUGCUCGCGUUGGUCUUGGUGCUGUUUUUAGGGGAAAGAAAGAAGAGGAGGAGAGAAGCGAGAAAGAGAAAGGGGGAUGGUGGGUGGAAUAAUAAGGGAGGUGGGGAGAGGAGGUUUGCGAGGAGUGGGUCGGAUGUGAAGCUGAUGACGGACAUCUCGGAGUUGCUGGACAAGUACAAGCUUUACCAGAUCGAGGAGCUGCGCCGGGCCACGUCUGAUUUCGAUUAUAGCUGUCUGAUCCAGGGAACGGUGUACAAGGGGACGAUUGAUGGUGAGGUGUUCGCCAUCAAGAAGAUGAAGUGGAACGCCUGCGAAGAGCUCAAGAUCUUGCAGAAGGUGAACCACACCAACCUGGUGAAGCUGGAAGGCUUUUGCAUCGACCCGGAGGAUGGCACCUGCUACCUGGUGUACGAGUACGUGGCGAACGGCUCCCUCCACUCGUGGCUCCACGACGCCGCCCCCACCCGCCGGCUCGACUGGCGCUCCCGCCUCCGCAUCGCCCUCGACCUCGCCCACGGCCUCCAGUACAUCCACGAGCACACCUGGCCCCGCGUCGUCCACAAAGACAUCAAGAGCAGCAAUGUGCUGUUGGACUCAAAGCUCCACGCCAAGAUCGCCAACUUCGGCCUCGCCAAGACCGGCAUCAACGCGGUCACCACCCACAUCGUCGGCACCCAGGGCUACAUCGCCCCCGAGUACCUCGCCGACGGGCUGGUCACCACCAAGAUGGACGUGUUCGCCUACGGGGUGGUGCUGUUGGAGCUGAUCUCGGGGAAGGAGGCGGUAAGCGAGGAGGGGGAGGCCCUGUGGGUGGAGGCGGAGGUGGUGUUCCAGAGGACGGAGGCGAAUGUGGUCGCCUGGAUGGAUCCGGUGUUGAGGGAGCAGUCCUGCCCCAUCGACACCGUGGUGACCGUGCUGAACGUGGCCAAGGCGUGCCUGCAGCGGGAUCCGUCUAAGCGGCCGACCAUGGUGGACGUGGCCUAUACCCUGUCCAAGGCCGACGAGCAGUUCUCGGAUUACUCCGGGGAUGGACUCUCGGUUGGGAGCGAAGAUGUCUCGGUCCUGGCGAGGUGAAGCGACCCCGACUGGGGUGGGCGCUCCCUUCCGGCACCUGCUUGCCCCUCCCGAGAGCAAAAUAAACUAAUUGGUACCUACUUAGUGCUUGUUAUAAUGGUUAUGCUGAGUCCCGAGGGGUCAGCUCCUUCUUUUUAUGUUUCUAGUCUUAUGUUGGUUUCCGAGAAAAAUAAAAGGGGACCCUGCCAUCAUGAAUGAUUUCCUUGGCAAUCUCCCAUGCAAAAUCUGUGCUGGGGUUUACCGUGUAUUUAUAUAAUCCUGUAUGAGAUUUUCCAAGAAUAUGAUAAAAAUCUUGUCUUUAUUUAAGGAAAAUACCAUUUCCAUCUUA